AUGUCGCUCUCUUCAGCUUUCCCAGAGGAGCUGAGCCUUCCUUCUCUCAAUAAUUCUCCGAAUACCUCUCUACCUACGAAUUUGACCGCCACCGCCCCCCGCCAAGCGGCUACGGAAGCCCAGAGCUCGAGCUCUCGCAGCUGUGUGACCUGCCGUCGCAGGAAAGUCCGGUGCGAUAAAAGGUCUCCGUGCUCAAAUUGUACCAAAGCUGGCAUCGACUGCAUUUUCCCCCCUCCUGGCCGUGCCCCGCGGAAAUCGAAGCGGCCCCCAGACGCGGAACUGCUUUCGCGGUUGCGUCGUUUGGAAGGUGUCAUUGAUCAUCUUAGGGGGAGUGGUAAUACAGAAGGUGCAUCGACCUCAGCUCAGGCGCCCUCUCCUACAACCGGAUCUUCGACUUCUCGGAGCGAACACACUGCGCCCACGUCUGUUCCUGCGGAGCCACAGAACCAGGCUGAAGGGAGUGUCUGCCCGUUUGCAGAAUCGGACCCGAAGAAACUUGCUCCCGAUAAGUUUGAGAAUGAAUUUGGGCGGUUGGUCAUUGAUGAAGGUCGGAGCCGAUAUGUGAGCAAUCGGCUCUGGACCAGUCUUGGGGACGAGAUUGAGGAACUGCAAGAUAUCCUUGAUCAUUCAUCGUCGGAGGAAGAUGAUGCACCCUCACCAGAGUCCUCCCACUCGGGGUCACAUGAUGGCUUCCUUUUUGGAUUCUACUCACUUUCACAGUCUCUUCGAGAGUUUCAUCCUCCCAUGCUCAAGGUUUCAGUACUUUGGGAAAAGUAUCGGGAAAAUGUGGCUCCUUUGAUCACCAUCGUACACCUACCGACUGCCAAAAACUUGUUUGCCGAGGCAGCACGGCACCCAGAAGCCCUGGACAAAAAUUCAGAGGCACUGGUAUUUGCCAUGUAUCUUUGCUGCAUUGUCAGCAUGAAUCCGGCCGAGUGCUUAUUCCAGUUUGGCGAAGACCGAGCUACUGCCGUCAAGCGGUACAGGUUUGCUACAGAGCAAGCGCUGGCAAAAGCCGGGCUCUUGAAUACACAAAGCUUAGUCCUUCUACAAGCUGCUGUCUUGUUUUUGGUCUGCGUGCGACGAGAAGAUGACAGCAGGUUUGUGUGGUCUAUGACAUCAAUCGUAUUACGCCUUGCUCAAAGCUUAGGCAUACACCGGGAUGGCACUAAUUUCGCUUUGAAACCAUUCGAAACGGAGAUGCGGCGCCGAUUGUGGUGGCAUAUCUCGCUGUUGGAUAUCCGCUCAUCUGAAGAUCACGGGACGGAUCCGCUCAUUUACGAGAGCAUGUAUGAUACUCGGCUGCCAUUAAACAUCAAUGAUGAUGACUUGACACCCGAGAUGGAAACCCCCCCGGAAGAGCGAGAAGGCUUCACGGAUGUUACAUUCUGCCUCAUUCGCUGUGAGAUCACGAGCGCUUUGCGAAGAGCAAAUUACUCGUGUCCCGGGUCCAAGAUCCGUCCGGCUAACAGUCUACCGCCCGUAGAAUUUGCCGGGCGGAUGAUUCAAAUUAUUAGUGAUCGGUGUGAGCAACGGUAUAUCAGGCACUGUGAUAUGAACAUCCCCGCGCAGUGGUGCGCCGCCACAGUUGGGCGUCUGAUUCUUGCUAAAUUAUGGUUGAUUGUCCACCACCCGAUGACUCGAAAAGACAGCGGAAUUAAUAUGUCGCAAGCAACUCGAGAGAGCUUGUUUCUGACUGCAAUCGAGGUCCUCGAGUUUAGCCACUUGCUUGAAGCUGACCCCAAGACCUCCAAAUGGGGCUGGCUGUUCCGGACCAAUAUGCAAUGGCACGGAAUAGCAUUUGUUUUGGCUGAGAUAUGCGUCCGACCAAUAUGCCCUAUUACAGAUCGAGCUUGGAGCGCUGUCAGUGUAAUCUACGCGGAAUGGGCCGCGCAUGCCACACAUAAGAAGGGCAUGUUGUGGCGGCCGCUCGCCGCCUUGAUGAAAAGAGCUACUGCCACCCGGGCCAAGCAAAGGCAAAAUUUGCUAUCCAGUUUUGGACCAGUGCCCACCACAACAGAGCCCAUUCAAGGCAUCAGCAAUAACGCCCUUCCCCGGAUUCAUAUGCCAAUGGGGAUGCUGAAUUCUCCCUCGACAGAUCCACCCGUGACAAAUACGCCCGACCCAGCAGCACCGAUUACAUUCGAUGCAGACUAUGAUAUCGACCUCAGUAAUGGACCGUUGGGCGCUUUCCGAAACAUGUUCCCUGACUCAAACAUCCUAGCUACAUCAAACGAUAUCUUUGAUGCUCCACCUGCCCAGAAUAAUAUCUCGGCACCAGACUUGUCCGCUAGCCUCCCCUACAACGCACCCAUGAUCAAUCCGUUCUUGAAUCAGACUCUUCUUCCCGAUGCAUCUCAGCUCAGCUGGGAGGAAUGGGACAAAGUCAUGCGUGAUUUCCAGAUGGAUGUUGAAAAUGACAAUCCUCAGCCAACCAACGCAACUAAUUUUACCGAAUGGUUUGCUUAG